UGGAGCAAAUUAUAAUUUACUUUAAUCCAAGUAAUUAAACUCCAUCAAUGGCUUCUAAUUAUACGUUUGUCAUCCUUGCCAUUUUCGCAAUUCUUCUCCCUGCAACUGCCGUGGCUAAAGAAUACAUCGUUGGUGGUGACUCCGGGUGGACGGUAAAUUAUGAUUAUCAAGCUUGGGCUAAGGAUAAAGAAUUUCACGUUAAUGACACAUUAGUGUUCAAAUACACGCCUCCUAAUCACAAUGUGUUCAAAGUGAAUGGUACUGAAUUCAAUAACUGCACAGUUCCUUCAUCAAACUCGGCUCUUUCCAGUGGAAAUGACGUAAUCACUCUUAGUACUCCAGGAAAUAAGUGGUACAUUUGCGGUAAGGGUAACGGUGAUAAAAACCAUUGUCAGCUUGGGCAGAAGCUUUCCAUUACUGUUAAAGAGGGUGCUGCUCCUUCGGCUGCUUUCAAAAUUGUGUCAUCUGCCUCUUCGCUUAUGGUUGUGGCAGUCAUGGUUUUGGUCACCUUGAUAUAAUGGUGUGAGAUAACAUCAUAAUAACCUCAGUGAUUGUGUCAAAAUAAUUAAUUUUAUUAAUAAAGUUCUGCAUUAUUAAUUUGAUUAAGCAGCAUGGAUAAGCUGCUUUUUUUUAUGUAUUCAUGCGAUCAUUUGAA